AGUACCUGCAUGGUAGGAGUCCUUUAUUAUAUUCCAAGAUAUCCCGUUUAAACGCCCAUUGCUUCCCUUCUGUUACCCACUACCCUCGUAAGACAUCAUUCGCAAUGGCAUCAGGAGGCAAGCGUAUCGUUUUCACCGGUGGCAGCGGCAAGGCUGGCCGCCAUGUCAUCCCCGAGCUGCUCAAGCGAGGCCACAAGGUCCUUAACCUCGACCUCGCUCCCUUCCCGGAUCCCAAUGCAGGCAUCUUCACCCUGAAGACCGACCUCACCGACUCCGGCCAGGUCUUCAACGCCUUGACUACCCAUUAUAACUUUGAGGGCUACGAAUAUGGCCAUCCUGAACAGCCACCCGACGUGGUCAUCCAUUUCGCCGCCUACGCCCGCAACAUGCUCGUGCCCGACUCAGAGACCUUCCGCGGCAACGUCCUCUCCACCUACAACGUCAUCGAGGCUGCCUCCAAGCUCGGCGUCAAGAAGAUCAUGAUCGCUUCCUCUGAGACUGUCUAUGGGGUUUGCUUCUCCGAAGGCGUGACGGACUACCAUUCCUUUCCUUGCGAGGAGGAUUACGACGUCGAUCCUAUGGAUACGUAUGCGUUGAGCAAACUAUGCGGGGAGCGGACGGCGAGAACAUUCUCGAGAAGAUACGGCAAUGAUAUCUACGUCCUUCGAAUAGGCAACGUUAUCGAACCGCAUGAGUACGAGCGCGACUUCCCCACACAUGUCAACAAGCCCGAAACACGACGUCGCAAUGUUUGGUCGUACAUUGAUGCGCGAGACCUGGGCCAGAUCUGCGAUCUCUGCAUCCAGAAGAGCGGUCUCGGGUUCCAAGUGUUCAAUGCCACGAACGAUACCAUUACGACGACCGUGCCGACGGAGGAGUUCUUGAAGAAGAACGAGCCCAACACGAAGAUUACGAGGAAAAUGGGUGAGUGGGAAGCGCCGCUAAGCAAUCGGAAGAUUAGAGAGGUGCUUGGUUUUAAGGAAGAGCAUGACUGGCGGAAGUACUACAAGCCUUCGUAGAGAGGCCGACGGUUUCGUAGACCGCGUAUACCCCGUAGUAGAGGAGAUAUCUCUACUAAUCUCUAUGUCUUUCGUCGACAUUACCUUUAGAUAUAUCCGUUACUAUUACGUGCCGUC